ACAUAAAUUAAUAUAUAACGAAUAAUUAAAAUUAAUAAUAAUAUUUUCAUAAAAUAUUUGUCUUGAAAAAUAUAAAAUUAUUAAUCCAGAAAAACCACAAUUACAAAAUGGGGCCAAAAAAAAAAAAAGAAACACAUAUGACAAUCCAAAAGAAAGUAAAUUAAAUAAUUUAUAUAAUAUAAUAUUAACACAUUAAUAAUAUAGUAUGAUAAUGACUUAUCAACUCCCACCACCAUCACUGACAUCACCGACAUCAUUAUCAUCAUCAAACUUAUCUUGUUUUUCAAGCCAAUAAGUUAAAAAAAAAAAUUAAAAAAACGAGAAAUCAUAACGGUAUUUAUCGUGACAGUAGAUUGUACAACAACAAGUUAGUGCCACAUUAGUUUUAUUAAAAAUAAAUAUAAAAUAAAUAUGACGACAUCAACAAAAGAUUGUACUGGUUGUGGACCUGGUUAUAAAAGUCCAAAAGUAGCAAUAAAUGCACCAAGAGAAAAAAUUUUAUACGUUGCUUGUGUUCAUACUGAUGACAACAAGCCAGAUGUUCUUGCAACAAUUGAUGUUGAUCCAGAAAGUUCCACUUAUACACAGAUUAUUCACAAGCUAAGAAUGCCAUAUGUUGGUGAUGAGCUUCAUCACAGUGGUUGGAAUAUUUGUAGCAGUUGUCAUGAUUCAAAACGUCUUCGUGAUACACUUGUAUUACCUGGUUUAAUGUCUGAUCGUGUAUAUUUUAUUGAUACAAAAAAUGAAAAAUUACCAUUUAUUAAAAAAAUAUUAGAACCAAAUGAAAUGCAUAAAUAUGGUUUAUCAACACCACAUACAACUCAUUGUUCACCAACUGGUGAAAUUAUUAUUUCAACAAUGGGAAAACCAAAUGGUGAUGCACUUGGUGAUUUUUUAUGUAUUGAUAGUGAAAGUUUAGAGGUUAAAGGAAGCUGGACAAAAGGAAAUGAAAAAGCAAAAUUUGGAUAUGAUUUUUGGUAUCAGCCAUAUCAUGAUGUUCUUAUUUCAACUGAAUGGGGUGUACCAAAAAUAUUUAAGCAAGGUUUUCAUAUUGAGGAUCCAGCUGAUACAAAUGUUUAUGGUAGAAGUUUAAAUAUUUAUUCUUGGAAAGAAAAAAAAUUACAACAAGUUAUUAAUCUUGGUGAUGAAGGAAUAACACCAUUGGAAAUAAGAUUUCUUCAUGAUCCAAAAGCUGCUGAGGGUUUUGUUGGCUGUGCUGUAUCAUCAAAUGUAUUUAGAUUUUUUAAAGAAUCAAAUGGACAAUGGAAAGCUGAAAAAGUAAUUGAUGUACCAUCUAAAAAAGUUGAUGGUUGGCUUGAUUCUAAUUUACCAGGAAUGAUAUCUGAUAUUUUAAUAAGCCUUGAUGAUAAAUAUUUGUAUUUUAAUAAUUGGCUACAUGGUGAUGUAAGACAGUAUGACAUAACAAAUCGUGCAAAACCAAUAUUAGUUGGUCAAAUAUUUUUAGGUGGUUUAAUACUUGAAGAUUCAAAGAUUCGCGUUACAAAAGAUGAUGAACUUGAUAAAUCACCAAAAGCAACAUUUAUUAAAAAUCGUAGAUUAUAUGGUUCACCACAAAUGUUUCAAUUGAGUCUUGAUGGACGUAGAUUAUACAUAACAACAUCAAUUUUUAAACCUUGGGAUAAACAAUUUUAUCCUGAUCAUGUUCUAAAUGGAUCGACAAUGGUAAAACUUGAUAUUGAUAUUGUUAAUGGUGGUUUAACAUUGGAUAAAAAUUUUCUUGUUGAUUUUGGAGCUGAUAAAAAUGACAUUCUUCUUGCUCAUGAAAUCAGAUAUCCUGGUGGUGAUUGUACAUCUGACAUAUGGCUUCCAGAAGACCAAAUAAAUAACACUAAAUAAAUAAUAAAAACAAUCAAUAAUAAAAAAAAAUAAAUAAUCAUUGAAUAUAAUUAAAUAA